CGUUGAUGCUAUGGACCACGAGUUGCGUUUUCUGUUGCACCCGUUUGUUGUGGAGUAUCUCAACUGGGCUGAGUUACUCCCUUGUUAGAUAACCCCCAAUGGAAUUUAUCUGAUUAUUGGCUUCCUUCUGCGCUGUAAAGUGCUAAAACUGAAGGUUAGUGUGGGUCUCUUCUGACAUUUGUUUCAACUUGGUGUCAACCUCUCACCGAAGAACCAGGGUUACACUGCUAUCUCCCAGCAUCCUGGUAGGAGUGUGUUUCACAGCACCCCGUCGUCGCACCCCGGGUGGAAGCACAGGUUCGUCUUCGUGUGCUCUGAUAGGAGAGGAGGGUCCCCUUUCACCGCUCCUGGUGCGGUUUCGUUCAACAUGCAUAGUACUGGUGAGCUGGGUGAGUAUGCUGAUGAUGUGGACACCUAUAUUACGGGUGGUGGGGUGGAUUUGGACAUAAGGACCUUUGUGACUGAUGAGGUGCUGAAGAAGGGCCUAGGCUUUGUGUUCUUCACGGAGGUCCCAGUCGAAGACUAAGGGGCUGCCGUAGGUGACGAACCCCAGGGUGACAUGCAAGCUGCUGCCCAGGAAGAGGCUGAUUUUACUGCAGCUGUUGCAGCGCCUGUGGCCAUGGAGCAGGGUUCAGAUGAUGCUGACCUUGCCACGACUAUUGCAGCGUCUGUGGCCAUGGAGCAGGGUUUAGGGGGAACUGUUGGGGCUACCGCUUCUAAGGUGUUGGGACCUCAGUCCUUAGGUGAGGAGAGGGCAUUUGCCCAUAUGUCCCCUCCCAGGUGUGAGUCCACCGAAGAUGAGGAACCUGUCUUUGAGAGGGGGAGGUGGCGGGAGGGGGCCUCUUCUGCAGUAGGUGAGGUAGAUCCUGCUAAGGUUGAAGUUGAGCCUGUUAAGAUAAAGGUAGAUCUCGCAAAGGUUGAUUUCUGCAACCAAGUGCAACCUCUUGCUUCUUCUUCAGGUACUCCCAACAUAUUCAGUCUUCUUGACCUUGCGCAGGAUAGUAUGAGAUUGAAAACUCAGCCAUCAGCUGGUGUGCAAUGUGUUGGGCCUUCCCCCAGUGGAUCUUCUUCUUCCUCCCGGGUGUCAGAGGACAUCGAUGGUGCUAGCGGUGGUGCUACUGGUAAUGAGGACACUCAACAGGGCACUGCCGCGACACAAGAUGAUAAUGCCGCGGUGACCCCCGAUGUCGCGGGUAAUGCGAAAUCCAACCCUUCACCUGAUGUGGUCAUUGAGGAUGCCACAGAUGAAGGUGAUGAUGAUAAAGAUAAUGAAACCUUCCAGCAGCUUCAGAGUCGACUGCAUUCAGAUAAUCCAGGGCCCAGUGGCGCUGCCUCAGUGGGCGAAGGAUGUGAUCCGCCGCAUGGGUCCGCAAGUGGCCGGAAGAAGUGCUCGGUGGCAAGGGGCGGUGGCCUGCCACAUGAUUCUGUGUAGGGGCGGGCAAGAAUCCCGGUCCCGUUGUCCCAUUCCGGUAUAUCCCGAAACCGUACCGGUGUUGUCCCGUUCCGUUUGGGUCUCAUUGAUUUUGUCCCGCACCGGUCUCGUACCGGUUUAAAACGGGACGGGACCUGGACAUUGGAAGGUUAUCCCAAAC